AUGACCGAUGAAAGGGAAUUAAUUAAAAAAAGGGCAAGUUACAAAGGUCGAUUAACGGCAUUCAAUAAUUAUCUCAGUGAAUUAAAGGAUACAUUGAGCUCGUCUCAGAUUAGCGAACUGCAAUUGCGCGUAAGUAAAAUUGAAUUAUUAUACGAACAGUACGAUGAGGUUCAAUUGAAAUUGGAGUGUAUAGUGGACGAUAUCAAUAGUCAAAUAAACGAGCGGAAUGAUUUCGAAUCGACGUAUUAUAAAAUUCUUUCGAAAGCUCACGAACUUAUUCGAGAAAAUAAAAAUAAUCUUGAAUGUUUAGGCAGUGAAAAAGAUUUUUCACGUAUUAACAAUAAUAAGCUUGUUAAAUUGCCUACUAUUCAGCUUCCGAAAUUUAGCGGGUCGUAUGACAACUGGCUUGAGUUUCACGAUACUUUUUCUAGCUUAAUACACUCAAAUGAUGAUAUCGAUGAUAUCAACAAGUUUCAUUAUCUUCGCGCGUCGCUCGAAGGGACAGCCGCCGUCGUAAUACAAUCUAUUGAAUUUUCGGCGAGUAAUUAUUCGGUGGCUUGGAAUUUAUUAUGCGGACGUUUUAAUAAUAAACGUAUUUUAAUUCAAAACCAUGUAACGUCAUUAUUUAACAUUGAGGUAAUUACUAAGGAAUCGUCAUUCAUUUUAAAGCGCAUGAUAGACUCCGUGAGUAAAAAUCUACGUGCACUUGAGUCAUUAGGUGAGCCCAUAAAUCACUGGAACACCUUACUCAUCCACAUUAUUACUCACAAAUUAGAUAGUAAGACAUACCGGGAAUGGGAAGAGUACAAAGGUCACUUGGAUAAUAACAAAAUUAUUUCAUUUGCGUCAUUUUUAUCAUUUAUACAAAAUCGUGCAGAUCUAUUAGAAACUUUGGAACUGUCUCGCAAUCCUCAAAUUAACCAAAAUAAAAAUAAAAUUAAAAGCAUGGUGUCGGUCACUAAGACCCAAAAUCGGUUAAAUGAGAAAAGCGAAAUGUCUCAGUUCAAACUUUGCCCUAACUGUAAGGCUGAGCACAGUCUAAACAAUUGUUCAAAAUUUCUAGGGCUUUCUUCUGAACAACGAUUAGAAUUAUUACCGCAGUUUAAGCACUUCGUCGAUUCAUUUCACGUCGCGGAAAACCUAAAAACAUACUCCGACAACGGAACUUCAUUCGUAGGCGCAUACAACGAAAUCGGUCGUUUUAUAAAAGACAAUUGCAAUUCACUGUCCGAGAAUUUGGCUCAGGAAAAUAUAAAUUUCCAUUUCAUUCCUCCGCAAGCCCCUCACUUUGGCGGUCUUUGGGAAGCAGGCGUUAAGUCAAUAAAAUAUCAUUUACGGAGAAUAUUAGGUAAUUGUAACCUUACAUACGAGGAAUUAAACACUGUGCUGGUUCAAAUUGAAGGUGUACUGAACUCUCGUCCGCUGACACCUCUCUCCACGGAUCCUGAUGACUUACUGCCAUUAACCCCGGGACAUUUCCUCAUCGGCCGCCCCAUCACCUCUCUUCCUUCUCAAAAUUAUGAAGAAGUCCCUAGCAGUAGACUGAGUCGAUACCAACGCAUCCAACAACUUCGUCAACAUUUUUGGAGAAGAUGGAGCAAGGAAUAUCUCUCAGAACUCCAGCAGAGAUCAAAAUGGCGUUCCAAUGCUGACACUUUAGGGACGGGUGAUCUUGUAGUUCUGAAGGAAGACAAUUUACCGCCGCUCAAAUGGCGACUGGGUCGAAUUACAGCCUUUCAUCCCGGAGCCGACGGCAUCAACCGCGUUGCCGAUAUCAGAACUGCCACCGGAAUCGUCCGAAGACCUUUCUGCAAAAUCUGCCCUUUACCUAACAACAAGGAAGGCUAA